AAAGAAUAAAGUUCUUGAAAAGAAAAACAAAAAAAAACAAAACAAAAUGACGACAUUAAUAGUAAAGUGUCUCCUUCUAUUGGCGUUUGUAUGUAGCUGCAGAGCAGCAGAUUCAAUAUGGCAACUCUGCAACAAAGAUUCAAACUUCUCAAGCAGCAGCCAUAUCUCCAAUAACAUCGACACAAUUCUCGCUACGCUUGUCUCAAAGACUCCUUCACAAGGCUUCACGACCACAACCUCCACAAGUUACAACAACAAGGAAAAUGUGUACGGACUUGCUCAAUGCAGAGGAGACAUCAGCAAAUCCGAUUGCUCGAGCUGCAUCCAAGACGCUGCCUUGAAAAUCCGUGAAGUCUGUCCAAACCAAUCCGACUCGAGAAUCUUGUACGAUUUCUGCUUCUUACGUUACAGCCAAGAGAAUUUCAUAGGGAAGCUCGACACAGGUGCUGGUCUUAUAUACUACAACGUCGCUAACGUGACCGAAACAGAUCCCAAAACGUUCGAUAACGAGCUCGGGGCACUCUUUGACAAGAUUAGGUCUGAGGCGGUUUUGCCUAAGAGUAAAGGGUUAGGUAAAGGUAAGACAAAGCUAACACCUUUUGUGACAUUAAAUGGUUUGGUUCAGUGCACAAGGGACUUGAGCGAAUUAGAUUGCGCUCAGUGCUUUGCAACUGCGAUGGGGAGCUUUAUGACGACUUGUCAUAACAAGAAGGGAUGUCGUGUUUUGUAUAGCAGUUGCUAUGUCCGGUACGAGUUUUAUCCGUUUUAUUUUCCUCUUGAUCCGGCUAUGACCGGCCCUAGUGUUGGUACUGUUUCUUCCGUUAGGCUCUAAGGCUCUUACAAGAGCAAGCUUGAUUCCAAUUAAAGAGAAUAUACAUAUGAUGUGUGCAAACCUUCUACAAUAAAUCAAGCUCUUCCCUUUUGUUGCUUUUUUAAACAUGUAAACAGUUAAGUUGAAAAGUUAUUUGUGUUCUGAAAGGUGAAAACCAAAAAAAAAAAAAAAAGUUAUUGGUGUUCUAGAUUCCUAUCAUGUGUACAAACAAUCAUUGGAUGCUAUAUACAUUAUUUGUUCUGAA